UACCGUCCAGUUCUUCCAGUCACAAACCCUACAAUCUUCUGAAUAUCCACAAUGGUCUUCCACACUCGCGUCGCACUCGCCGAGGACUACGACCUCUCCCGCUCUCAGAUUGACGAGUACCAAAACAAUGGACACAUCCUGCUCAAGAACGUCAUCCCUGAGUCGGAGAUCGCUGAAUUGCGCACUGCCGUAUUGCGAGCGCAUGAAGCUCUCAAAGACCAAGAGGAGGACUUCCAGAAAGCGUUUCGCAUCACCCAGAACCUAUGGGAAAUAAACGGCGUCGUGCGCGCGCACGUCUUGUCCAAGCGUUACGCAGGAAUCGCUGCGAAGCUCUUAGGCUGCCGUGACGUGCGGAUUUACCACGACCUCACCUUCUUCAAGGAAGGUCUUGGUAAGGGCAAACCGACACCGUGGCACCAGGAUGGGCACUACUGGCCCCUUAACACAGAUGGGUGCAUAACCCUUUGGGUUCCGCUUAUCGAUUGCCCAGUAGACAUGGGACCCAUGUCGUUUGUGUCGGGUUCACACCUCAAUAAAGAUGCUGAACACCUGCCGAUUUCCGAUGAGAGCGACGAAUACAUUAGAAAAUUGGUCGAGAACGAAAACCUUUCCGUGGCCCCCGCGCAACACAUGAACGCAGGAGAUGCAACAUUCCACUCGUGCUGGACAUACCAUGCUGCGGCAUCCAACACGACCGAAAACACUAGAAUUGCUUUCGCUAUUGCGUACUAUGACGCCGAUGCAACGAUUCCCCUCCAGCCACCAACCAACGAGCGGCGCGCCGCCAACUUGGCCAGGUGGUUCCCUGGGGCCGUACCCGGCGGACCUGCGGCCACUCAUCUAAACCCUGCCGUCCUUUCUUCCCGUGAUUGAUGGAACAUUGAUACGUGCUCCUUAAGGCGGGCGUGUAAAUCGAAUCCCUUCAUCGAGUAGAUCUCCUGCUGGUUUAGAUUUAGUAACCCCAAUUCCGGUUAGAC